AUGGAUUUGGACAUUUCGGCGCUGCGCGUUUACCCGGAGUCCGAGUCCCUGGAUAUGCCUUUCCGCCACAAGGAGAAAGAGCUGCUUCUCAGGAUAGAGCUGCAUGAGAUGCUCCAGCUUAAGCAGCAGGAGCAUACUGCACAGGCGAAGCGCCCUGCAGCAGUCUUCACGUUGUUGAUAGGUUCCGUCCUCGUGGAAGCCACAGCCUUGGACACAGUUUCGACGGUAAUCGAGCAGUUUGCCGGCAGGAUUGGAGCUAAUUCAGCAUCGGUCAGCAUCACCCAGGACGGCCAAGACUUGCCGAAGGAGGCGACUCUCUCACAACUCGGUAUUUCCGCAACAUCCAAGCUCGAUUGCAGACUGCAAGGUUACCAAGUGUAUGUAAAGUUGCUUUCAGGCAAGGCUCUCACCUUGAAUGUGGAAGGAAGCGACACCAUCGGCAACUGUAAAGAGCUUCUCUGGCGCCGCGAAGGCUUCCCUCCCGAGCAGCAGCGCUUGAUUUUCGCCGGCGCGCAGCUGGACGACGCAAGGACGUUGGCGGAAUGCGGCGUCGAAGCGGAGUCAUCGCUACAUUUGGUCUUGCAUGUGGGGCCCGGGGGAAGCUGCGAUAAGAUCUCCGGACGCCAGGGCUUCGAAGUGUUUUCUGACAAGAUCGUCUUCGAGGACGGAAGUUCGUGGAAUUUCGAUGGUGGUUGGGAGAGGCCACCAGCCAACAGCGAUGAUGAGCAAACACGAAAGAUGUUGUCGUUUUCCUCCAAAGGAGAGCUGCUGAGCUUUUUGGAGUCGUCUCGCAUCAAGUUUUUGCGCCAGCGCUUGGAGCAGGUCCAGAGGAAGACUCGGGUGGAUCCAAGGGUGGGAUGA